AUGGAGCCCGCGGCCGCGGCCCCGGCGCCGCGGCGCCCCGAGCCCGGCCGGGAGGAGCGCGCCCCGGAGCCCGCGCCGGCCCCGGCGGCCGCGAGCGGCGCGGCGCGGGCCGAGGCCCCCGGCGAGGGGCCGCCGCCGGGGCCGGGCCGGGCGGGGGGCGCGGGGCGCCGGCGGCGGCGCGGCGCGCCCCAGACGUCCGCGGCCGGCGGGGCGGCCCCGGGGCCCGCGGCCGGCGGCGGCGCCAACUCGCUGCUGCUGCGCCGCGGGCGGCUCAAGCGGAACCUGUCCGCGGCCGCCGCCGCGCCCGCCCCGCGCUGCCCCGGCGCCGCCGGCCCGGCGGGCUCGGCCCCGGCCCCGGCCCCGGCCCCCGCGCCGCUGUGCGCCCGCAGCCUGGACCGGCGGACGCUGCUGCUCAGGCCGCGGCCGCUGCCGCCGCUGCAGCCGUCGGACCGGGACUGGGUGCGGCAGCAGCUGCGCCGGGGCUGCGUGCACGUCUCCGACCGCCUCCCGGCCGCCGGCUGCCUGCGCCCCGUGCUCUGCACGCUGGACACCACGGCCGCCGAGGUGGCCGCGCGCCUGCUGCAGCUCGGGCCCCGCGGCGGCGGCGCGGUGCGGGUGCCCGGCCAGGGGCCCGGCCCCGACGCCCGCGCGCCCCCCGCCGUCGGGGGCCCCCCGCGCGCGCCGCCCGCCGACCUGCCGCUGCCCGGCGCGGGCCCCCGCGGCCCGGCCAGCCCCGCGCGCUCGGACUCCAGCCCCGGCGAGCCGGGCGCCCCGCGGGCCCGCGACGGCGCGGCGGCGGGCGCGGCCUCCGACGCCGAGAGCUUCAGCCUGAGCCCGAGCGCCGAGAGCGCGUCCGACCCGCCGGACCCCUACAGCAGCGGCGGCGGCUCGUCGUCGUCGUCCGAGGAGCUCGACGCGGACCCGGCCGCGGCCCCCGGCCAGCCCCGUCGGCCCGGCCGCCCCGCGCCGCCCCGGCCCGCCGCGGGCGCCCGCGCGCCCUCCCCGACGGCCGCCCCGACCCCGCCGCCGCCCGCCGCCCCCCGGGGCGGGGACGGCCCCGCGCGAGGCCGGCCCGGGCAGGACGCGGCGACCCCCGCGGACCCCGGCCGCGCCCCCCCCACCCCGAGAACGCCCCCGCCGCCCGCCCUGUACGUGCAGCUCCACGGAGAGACCACCCGGCGCCUGGAGGCGGACGAGAAGCCGCUGCAGAUCCAAAACGACUACCUCUUCCAGCUGGGCUUCGGGGAGCUGUGGCGGGUGCAGGAGGAGGGCAUGGACGCCGAGGUCGGCUGCCUCAUCCGCUUCUACGCAGGAAAACCUCACAGCACCAAUAGUUCUGAACGGAUUCAGCUCUCAGGAAUGUAUAAUGUCCGUAAAGGCAAAAUGCAGUUGCCAGUGAACCGAUGGACCAGACGUCAAGUCAUCCUGUGUGGGACCUGCCUGAUAGUGUCCUCUGUGAAAGAUAGCUUGACCGGGAAGAUGCAUGUUCUGCCACUAAUUGGUGGGAAAGUGGAAGAAGUGAAAAAGCAUCAGCACUGUUUAGCAUUUAGCUCUUCUGGACCCCAAAGCCAGACUUACUACAUUUGUUUUGACACAUUCACAGAGUAUUUAAGGUGGCUUCGACAAGUGUCCAAGGUUGCAUCACAGCGUAUUAGCUCAGUGGACCUCUCGUGUUGUAGCCUGGAGCAUCUGCCUGCCAACCUCUUCUACAGCCAAGACCUCACUCAUCUUAAUUUAAAACAAAACUUCCUAAGGCAAAACCCCAGCCUACCAACUGCCAGGGGACUCAGUGAACUGCAAAGGUUCAGCAAGUUGAAGAGUCUUAACCUUUCCAAUAAUCACUUAGGGGACUUCCCAUUAGCAGUCUGCAGCAUCCCCACGCUGACGGAGCUGAACGUGUCCUGCAACGCGCUGGGAGCCGUCCCGCCAGCCGUGGGCGUCAUGCACAACUUACAAACAUUUUUGUUGGAUGGAAACUUUCUCCGGGCCCUUCCUGCUGAGUUGGAGAACAUGCAUCAGCUUAGUUAUCUUGGUCUUUCUUUCAAUGAAUUCACUGACAUUCCAGAGGUAUUGGAGAAAUUGACUGCUGUGGAUAAACUCUGUAUGAGUGGAAACUGUAUGGAGACCCUUAGGCUACAGGCUUUAAGAAAAAUGCCUCACAUUAAACAUGUGGAUCUAAGACUGAACAUAAUUCGGAAGCUUAAAGCGGAUGAAGUGGACUUUCUCCAGCAUGUCACUCAACUUGAUUUGCGUGACAAUAAGCUUAGUGAUCUAGAUGCUAUGAUUUUCAACAACAUCGAAGUUUUGCACUGUGAGAGGAAUCAACUGGUGACAUUGAACAUCUGUGGCUAUUUCCUAAAAGCGCUCUACGCCUCUUCUAAUGAACUCGUUCAACUUGAUGUUUAUCCAGUUCCGAAUUUUCUAUCCUACGUGGAUGUGUCAAGGAAUCGCUUAGAAACUGUGCCUGAGUGGGUAUGUGAAAGCCGAAAGCUAGAAGUUUUGGAUAUUGCCCAUAAUCAGAUAUGUGAGCUUCCUGCACGCUUGCUCUGUAACAGUAGUCUCCGGAAGCUCCUGGCAGGCCACAACCAGCUGGCAAGGCUGCCUGAGCGGCUGGAGAGGACCUCAGUGGAGGUCUUGGAUGUGCAGCACAACCAGCUCCUGGAGCUGCCGCCCAGCCUCCUGAUGAAGGCCGACAGCCUGAGAUUCCUGAACGCGUCCGCAAACAAACUGGAAGCCCUCCCUCCAGCCACGCUUUCUGAAGAGACGAACAGCAUCUUGCAGGAGUUGUAUUUGACAAACAACAACCUCACAGACAAGUGUGUGCCCUUGUUAACAGGACACCCUCAUUUGAAGAUCCUCCACAUGGCCUAUAACCGACUUCAGAGCUUUCCAGCAAGUAAAAUGGCAAAGCUGGAGGAACUUGAAGAAAUUGACAUCAGCGGGAAUAAGCUGAAAGCCAUCCCGACAACCAUCAUGAACUGCAGGCGCAUGCAUACCGUGAUCGCCCACUCCAACUGCAUCGAGGUCUUUCCUGAAGUCAUGCAGCUCCCAGAAAUCAAGUGCGUGGACCUGAGCUGUAAUGAGCUAAGCGAAGUCACUUUACCAGAAAACCUGCCUCCGAAACUUCAAGAACUAGAUCUGACUGGAAACCCCCGACUAGCCCUCGAUCACAAAACCCUGGAACUGCUGAAUAACAUCCGAUGUUUCAAGAUCGAUCAGCCUUCAGCGGGAGAUGCAUCGGGAGCCCCGGCCGUCUGGAGCCAUGGCUACACGGAAGCUUCAGGGGUGAAAAACAAGCUGUGCGUGGCUGCCCUGUCGGUGAACAACUUCUGCGACAACCGGGAGGCCCUGUACGGCGUGUUCGACGGGGACCGGAACGUGGAGGUGCCCUACCUCCUCCAGUGCACCAUGAGCGACAUCUUGGCAGAAGAGCUGCAGAAAACGAAAAACGAGGAGGAAUACAUGGUCAACACCUUCAUCGUCAUGCAGAGGAAACUUGGGACAGCUGGGCAGAAACUUGGAGGUGCCGCUGUCCUUUGUCACAUCAAGCAUGACCCUGUGGACCUGGGAGGCUCCUUCACCUUGACCUCUGCUAACGUGGGCAAGUGCCAGACAGUUCUGUGUCGGAACGGGAAGCCAAUGCCUCUGUCCAGGUCGUACAUCAUGAGCUGUGAGGAGGAACUGAAGAGAAUUAAACGGCACAAGGCCAUUAUCACUGAGGACGGCAAGGUGAACGGAGUCACGGAGUCCACGCGCAUCCUGGGCUACACCUUCCUCCACCCCAGCGUGGUGCCUCGCCCGCACGUGCAGUCGGUGCCCCUGACGCCCCAGGAUGAGUUCUUCAUCCUGGGCAGCAAGGGCCUGUGGGACAGCCUGUCGGUCGAGGAGGCCGUGGGCGCGGUGCGCAACGUGCCCGACGCGCUGGCGGCCGCCAAGAAGCUGUGCACGCUGGCGCAGAGCUACGGCUGCCACGACAGCAUCAGCGCGGUGGUGGUGCAGCUCAGCGUGCCCGAGGACAGCUUCUGCUGCUGCGAGCCGGGCGCCGGCGGGGCCGGCCCGCCGCCCAGCCCCGGCCUCUUCCCGCCGUCCGUGAGCAUGGUGAUCAAGGACCGGCCCUCGGACGGGCUGGGCGUGCCCUCCUCCAGCAGCGGCAUGGCCUCCGAGAUCAGCAGCGAGCUGUCCACCUCCGAGAUGAGCAGCGAGGUGGGCUCCACGGCCUCGGACGAGCCGCCCUCGGGCGCCCCGGGCGAGAGCAGCCCCGCCUUCCCCGGCGAGGCGCGCUGCAUGCUGCACCCCGUGUGCCCGUCGCGCUCCUUCCAGCGCCAGCUGUCCAGCGCCACCUUCUCCAGCGCCUUCUCCGACAACGGCCUGGACAGCGACGACGAGGAGCCCAUCGAGGGCGUCUUCAGCAACGGCAGCCGCGUGGAGGUGGCCGUGGACAUCCACUGCGGCCGCGCCCGGGAGCGCGAGAGGCCGCAGCCGCCGCCGGCGCCCGCCGAGGCCAGCGACGAGGGCGUCGCCAGCAGCGCGGCCGAGGACGAGCCGGCGCCGCCCCGGAGGCCGGACCCCGCCGCGGCGGGCACCGUGGGGCGCCGCCGGGCCAACGGCUCGGUCGCGCCCCCGGAGAGGAGCCACAACGUGAUCGAGGUGGCCGCGGACGCGCCCCUGCGCCGGCCCGGGGGCUACUUCGCCGCCCCGGCCCAGCCGGACCCCGACGACCAGUUCAUCAUCCCGCCCGAGCUGGAGGAGGAGGUGAAGGAGCUCAUGAGGCACCAGCAGCCGCCGCCCGCGCCGCCCAAAGAGCAGGCGUGGUGCCCCGAGAGUCCCCCGGCCGCCUGUGAUGAGCAGCACAGGGAGCCCACACUGUGCUCUGGGUCCUCCAUUGUGCUCUGGCUGUACCUUUCGGGGGUCCUGGUAUCUGCCCGGCGACCCUCCCCAGCCGUCAAGCCAGAUAAUCGACGUGAAGCGCUGACUGUGUAG